AUGGCUUUGUGUUCAGCAGCUUAUGUUUUCGUAUGCUUUAUCCUAUGGAUACAUUCUGUAUCCAGUGACUGUAUUUGGUAUGGCAUUUGUGAUUCGUCUGAUCCUGUACACCCAAGAUAUUGUUCGUACAACGGUACUGCGAAAGCGUUAAGCAACGAUGGUUUCAAAACACUAUCCAGUCUAUGUCCUAAUUAUGCUGUGGGCAAUUCAAAAGUUUGUUGUGAUGAAAAUCAGUUGAACUAUUUUUCAAAGUCUGCUUCACUUGCUGCUAUGUUGUUAAAAAGAUGCCCAGCAUGUUUCGCUAAUUUUCGACUGCUUUUUUGUGCUAUGACAUGUGAUCCAAAUCAAGCACAGUUUAUUACACCUACCAUUAAUGGGAAAUUGGUUGAAUCUAUUACGUAUACAUUAACCGAUCAUAUGGCAGAUACAUUUUUCAAUAGUUGCAAGGAGGUUACAUUUGGUAGUAGUCGUGCAAUAAGUUUAAUGUGUGGUACUGCUGAUUGUACACGUCAGUUAUUAUUAGAGAACCUUGGCAAAUCAACUGAUGGUGGUCGUAGCCCAUUCGACAUUCGAUUUAAUGUUGUCAAUUCGUCAAUUUAUAAAAAUUUUCAAACUAUUCGGCCAUUUGAUUCAUUGGCUUAUCAAUGUAAUCAACGUGUUCCGAAACGCGCUAGUGAUCCUGGUGGUCCAGCUUGUUCAUGUAUGGAUUGUUCAAGUGCGUGUUCAUCAGAACCACCGGAUUUACCACCACAGCCUAGUGAACCGACAAAAAUUUUUGAUAUCGAUGUUUAUCUAUUCAGUGGUUAUAUUGUUUUCUCAAUACUGACAAUUGGUUUUGUUACAUAUCAAAUUACAAAACUUAUUUACGGUUAUAAUAGCGCAUCGAUCAGCGGUUGUUGUACAUCAGACUCGGAUAGAGAGCAUCUUAUACAACAACAACAAACUCAAAGUGAAAAUCAACCAGAAGGUAGAAUUUCUUUGUUGGCUCGCUUAACAGCUUAUUUUAAUGAAAUACUGACGAAGAUGUUCGCAUUACAUGGAAGACUCAUUGCUCGUCAUCCAAUUAUUGUAUUAUUUAUUUCAUUGGGUAUUAUACUGGGACUUUCAGGUGGUUUAGCAUUUCUUCAAGUUACUACUGAUCCAGUUGAAUUAUGGUCUGGUAAAGAAUCACGUUCUAGAUUAGAAAAAAAUUAUUUCGAUCAACAAUUUGGAGCAUUUUAUCGAAUUGAACAAAUAAUCGUUCGCCCAAAAAAUAACUCAAAUUUUACACAUAAAGCAUUAGGAGAUGCUUCAGGUAAUGCAAUAUUCGGUGCUGGACUCAAUAAAGAUUUUCUAUUGAAAAUAAUGGAUUUACAAAAUCAAAUUCAAAAUAUUUCAGUGUAUUUUGAAAUAGAACAAAAAUUUAUUAAUUUAUCAGAUAUAUGUUUUCAACCCUUGAAACCAGAUAAUCUUGGUUGUGCUAUUACAAGUCCAAUUGAAUAUUUUCAAAAUAAUAUAACUUUAUUUAAUACAGUUCGUAGAGAUGAUUUUGACUUACCUAUCAAUGAUUACCUUGAUCAUUUGAUGUUCUGUACUGAAGCUCCAUUAUCUACUUAUGGUUCCCCAUUAGACCCAACUGCUGGUUGUCUGUCAUCAUCUGGAAUGCCAGUGUUACCUCAAGUUGCAUUAGGCAGUUUUAAUGCAUCAUUUUACAAUGGAUCAGCUGCUGUAGUACUCACAUUUCUUGUCAACAAUAAUCCUGACCCAAAAUCAAUUCAUGUUCAAAAAGCCAAACUAUGGGAAUCAAAAUAUCUUCAAUUGAUUAAAGAAUGGAAACUUAAGAAUACAGAAAUUACUGUUAGUUUUACAGCUGAACGUUCUGUAGAAGAUGAAAUUGAACGUCAGUCAAAUUCGGAUAUAAGUACUAUAGCUAUAAGCUAUAUUGUCAUGUUUAUCUAUGUCAGUUUGUUUCUAGGGACAUAUCGAAGUUUUAAAACAAUACUUGUUGAUAUGCGUAUAACACUUGGUCUAGCUGGUGUUCUAAUUGUACUAGCAUCAGUUUUAGCAUCGAUUGGUUUUUGGAGCUAUUUAAAUUUACCAAUCACUUUGAUUAUUGUUGAAGUGAUACCAUUUUUAGUUUUAGCAAUUGGUGUUGAUAAUAUUUUUAUAUUAGUACAUGAAUUUGAACAUAGUCACAAUAGAUCUAUAAAUGAUAUUAACUUAUUAAAACAUUAUAUUCAUCAAUAUAAUAAUGAUAAUAAACAAAAGAAUCAUUCAAAUAGUUCCACAUUAAAUCUAACUCAAAAUGAACAAAAUCAUUAUGAUGAAAAUGAUGAUCAAGAUCAAUUGAAUAAUUUUAAUGAACCAAUUAAACAAUUAGUAGAAGAUAGAAUAGCUGAAUCAAUGGGAAGUGUUGGUCCAUCAAUUUUAUUAACUAGUUUAUCAGAAAGUGUUGCAUUCUUCUGUGGAGCACUAACUACAAUGCCAGCUGUUCGUGUGUUCGCAUUAUAUGCAGCUAUGGCUAUUGUGUUCAAUUUUCUCUUACAAAUAUUUGCAUUCGUCGCUUUGCUUACAUUAGAUGGACGUAGAUAUGUAGCUCGUCGUUUCGAUGUUCUUUUCUGUUUUAAACUAAAACAUGAAUUCGAUAAUAUAAACGAAACUCAACAAUUCAAUACUUCUAAUCAUCAUUCUCCAUUAACAAGUAACAAUGAUGUGAAUAAAACUAAUUUAACAACUGGUCAAAAUAAUCGAAAAGUUUUUUCAUCCGAUAGUGAUUCAUUAUCGCUUAGUUCCACAGCUAUGGAUGAUGAUAAUAUACAUGAAAUUGAUUUAGCUGAACAUCAACCACAUGAACGAUCAGAAAACAAAAAAUAUAAAUCAGUAUCACAUUCAUGGUUACAUUAUGCUGUAGCUAAUUAUCUUAGCCCAGUUAUUUUAUCAGGUUGGGCUAGACCAUGUAUUAUUAUUAUAAGUUUAGCAUGGAUAUGCUUUGCUGCAUCAAUUCUACCAAAUGGAUUACAUUUAAUUCUUGAUCAAAAAUUAUCUAUGCCUACUGAUUCAUACAUGUUGGAUUAUUUCAAUGCAUUAAAUAAUGAUUUACGAGUUGGACCACCAGUUUAUUUUGUUAUUACUGAAGGACAUAAUUUCACUACAUUAGAUGGACAAAAUCAAAAAAGAUUAGUUUCUGCAGCUCUCUAUCCUAAUCGUUCAUGGAUAGUAUCUCCAGCCAGUUCUUGGAUUGAUGACUAUUUCGAUUGGAUUGAUCCAAGUGGUUCAUCAUUAUGUUGUCGAAUUAAUCGAAAUACGCAUAAAUUUUGUCCACCUGACUUAGUUGAUAACAAUUGUAUACCAUGUCCGUCAGUAUUUACCAUAUUUUCUAUCGGAAAUCCUGGAUCCAAUUGUCCUAAAGGUGGUAAAGCUGCAUACUCUACCGGUGUUCGUCUUUUACGCGACAACAUCACUGGCAGUGUAACGGUUGGAGCUAAUUAUUUUAUGGCUUAUCAUGGUGUCUUAAAAAAACCUGAUGAUUAUGUGAAUGCGUUAAAAGCGGCAAGAUAUUAUGCCAAUAAAAUAACUCGAUCAUGGUAUAAAACAACUGAUAAUUAUAUGAAUGGACCGAUUCGCAAGAAUACUGUUUUUCCUUACAGCGUAUUCUACGUGUUCUAUGAACAAUAUUUAACAUUGGGUAAUGAAGCAGCUUUCCAACUUGAUAUUUGUUUACUUGCUAUAUUCGUUGUUACAUUGGUAUUUUUUGGAUUCGAUAUAGUUGCUACAUUGAUGGUCAUUUUUGGUGUUGUAUAUAUCGUGAUUAGUGUAUCAGCUGUUAUGGUUCUAUGGUCUAUCACUUUGAAUGCAUUAUCUUUAGUCAAUUUAGUUGUGGCUUUAGGUAUAUCUGUUGAGUUUUGUGCACAUAUAGUUCGUUCAUUUACAAUCAGUGUAUUACCAACUCGAGUGGAACGAGCUAAAGAAUCUCUUAGUGAAAUGGGUAGUUCCAUCCUUCGUGGUAUCACAUUGACUAAACUUGGAGGUAUUGUUGUUUUAGCUGCUUCGAAAUCACGUCUAUUUCAAAUUUUCUAUUUUCGCAUGUAUUUAUCUAUGAUAUUGUUUGGAGCAUUCACAGGACUUAUUAUAUUACCUGUGUAUCUUAGUUAUUUAGGUCCAAAAUUAAAUUUGGCCAUGUCAUCAAGUCGUCUUCAUAAUAUCAACCAUCCAAACAGUAAUAAUCUCCGUGCUCACGGGUCACGUAGCGAAUAA